AUGUUUUGUAAAAAAUUUUAUUUUGAGGAAUUUGUUCCAUCGAAUGAGCAUGCAGCAGAAAUAAUUGGAUUUAAAGGAUAUAAGAUUAAGAGAAUAUCAAAAGAAACUCACACGUACAUUCAAUGUCCAAGUCCAAAUGAACUACCGAUUUUUAGAAUUUUUGGAGAUAACAAGUUCAGUGUUGAUGUUGCGAGAAUAAAGAUUCGCGAGUCAGCAAUGCAUUUCGAUUUGAUGCGAAAUAAGAAGCGAAAAAUUGAUCUCCAGCCAGGCGAUAAGCUGGAAACGGCAUAUUUUAGGAAGUAUGAUAUUCCUUGUAUAAUUGGAAGGAAGGGUAAACAGAUCAAGAAGAUUAUGACUGCAACAAAUGUGAUUGUAAUUUCACCAGAUACAAAUAAGGAACCGAUUUUUAUUGUUAGUGGUAAGGAGAGGAAUGUUGAAGCUUGUGUGCUUGCUAUGAAGAUUAUAGCAUUUUCGGCUAGUGGAAUAAACUAUUUCUCACGGAAUGAGCUGUUCUUAAUUCAUGAUUUUUUCAACAACAACAUGACUGAAUUUAAUUUUAUGUCCUGCAUCCUCAACAUCGUCAAUGUGAAAAGUUUUAUGCAGAGAUUUUCAUGCUUAAAUCAAAAAAGAAUUUUCCAAAAAAUCCCUGAAAAGUCAUCGAUUUACAAAUGCUGGAACUGUAAAAAUGAAAGCAAUAAAAUAGCAAGAACUUUAUGUCAUCACAUAAUAUCUUGUGAUUCAUGUAUUGCGCAUUUAUAUGCUGAUAUUUAUUUAAAAUGUAAAAUGUGCGGAAAAAAGAUUGAAAACUUUUUGAUUGAGUAUUAUCACGAAUACAGCAUAACAAGUUAUUGA